UUUACUGCACGUGUAGGCUUCAAAAUGUUGUAAUGUUUCUUCGCUAGAAAAACUAUUAUAUUUUACUGCGAUCUCACUAAUAACAUUAUGGACAGUCAUAUUAGGAAACUUAAAAAGCUUAAGAAAAAGAAAAACAAGUUGAAAACCGCUGUGGAGACGGCAAAGACAGCUGAAGAGUUCAAAGACAAGGACAGUGAUAAAGUUACCAAUACUGAAGGUAAAGAAGUUGAUGUCGAAGAAGAAACAUUGCCAGUUGAUGCCGUUUUACCAGACGAUACAAGCUUUGCUUCGCUGGUCGGUUUGGUCAGUGAGAAAACACUCAAUGGAGUGAAAGAGAUGGGAUUUACUAACAUGACUGAGAUACAACAUAAAAGUAUUGCACCUUUGUUAAAAGGAAGGGAUUUAUUAGGUGCAGCUAAAACAGGAAGUGGCAAGACCCUUGCAUUUCUAAUACCUGUCGUUGAAUUAUUGUAUAAACUUGGAUUUAAGACAAGAAACGGUACUGGUGUAAUAAUUAUAUCCCCAACUCGUGAGCUUUCUCUACAAACCUACGGUGUUGCACAAGACCUUCUUAAAGAGCAUAAUUUUACUUACGGUAUUAUAAUGGGAGGUGUGAACAGAAAAACUGAGGCUGAUAAACUUCAAAAGGGAGUUAACUUAUUGAUUGCUACUCCAGGCAGACUGCUAGAUCAUUUACAAAAUACACAAGGUUUCAUCUUCAGUAACCUACAGUGUCUUGUCAUUGAUGAAGCUGACAGGAUUCUUGAGAUUGGAUUUGAAGAAGAAAUGAAACAAAUUGUUAAAUUAUUACCAACAAAAAGGCAAACUGUUUUGUUUUCUGCUACACAAACCAAAAAAAUAGAAGACCUUGCAAAGUUAUCACUAAAAAGGUCACCUCUGUAUGUUGGUGUGGAUGACAAUAAAGAGACUUCAACGGUGGAAGGACUAGAGCAGGGUUACAUUGUUGUUCCAUCAGAGAAGCGUUUUCUUGUUCUCUUCACGUUUUUAAAGAAAAACAGAAACAAAAAGGUUAUGGUGUUCUUCUCUUCUUGUAAUUCUGUCAAGUAUCACUCAGAGUUGUUAAACUACAUUGACCUACCUGUCAUGGACAUUCAUGGAAAACAAAAGCAACAAAAAAGAACUACAACAUUUUUUGAAUUCUGCAAUGCAAAAGCGGGCAUUCUUCUCUGUACCGAUGUAGCUGCAAGAGGCUUAGACAUUCCUCAAGUAGAUUGGAUAGUACAGUUUGAUCCCCCUGAUGAUCCUAAGGAAUACAUUCAUCGCGUUGGAAGGACUGCGCGAGGUAUCGAUGGUAGCGGGCAUGCAUUACUGUUUCUACUUCCAGAAGAGCUGGCUUUUCUACGAUAUCUUAAACAUGCCAAGGUACCACUGAAUGAGUACGACUUCUCAUCGUCAAAAAUAUUGAACAUUCAAUCACAGUUAGAAAAGCUUAUUGAGAAAAACUACUACCUUCACAAGUCGUCAAAGGAUGCAUAUCGGUCAUAUUUACAAGCUUACGCAUCGCACCAACAUAAGAAUAUCUUCAACGUUAAUACCUUAGACUUACAGCGUGUUUCACUGGCCUUUGG